AUGUUUGGCGAAAAAGCCCUAGAAUUAGUGAAAGAAUUGCAACGAGCGCAAGGAAAAAGUUUGCCUCUCUACAAUAACGAUUUAAUAAAGAAUGUUCUAGAUGAGAUGAAAAUUCUUUUUGAACAGAACCAAGAAGAUUUAACCAUGGCUGGCCAGAAAGAGUACUACCCAGCUAUUCAGAUGAGGCAUGCUGCUUUGGAACGAAACAAAAGAUGUCUUCUCGCAUAUCUAUACAACAGAAUAUCAAUCCUUAGACAAAUGAGAUGGGACAUAGGAAGUGUUUUGCCUCUGGAAAUUAAGAGUAAUUUAUCAGAGCAUGAAAUACAAUGGUUUACCAAGUACAAUAGAAUGCUGGCAACUUACAUGAGAUGCAUUGGAGAUCACGGAGGCCUGGACCUGACUCAAGAUACUAAACCACCUAAGAGUUUAUACAUUGAGGUGAGAUGCCUACAGGACCAUGGUGAGUUUGAAACACAGGAUGGCAACACGAUAUUACUGAGUAAAAAUAGUCAGCACUUCAUGAUGAGAUCCGAAUGCGAGCAGAUGAUCAGACAGGGCAUACUGGAGCAUAUCAUCGACUGA